AGAGAAGCAGUUUGCACAGCGACUGACUGACUGAUGGAGAGUUUCCUGCAGUCGGUGUGUUUGACGGGGCCGGAGCUCCAGAGCCAGACUCACAAGAGCAUCGAGGGAGCAGGAGUCUGUGAGAAGGAUGCUGUGCCGCAGAUGGUAUCGCUGCCCGAGGCGGUGGAGUUGGUGGGGUUUAUGGCUGAGGGCCAACGCAAGAGGAAGAGGACCAUCUUCAGCCGGUGGCAGCUGAGCGAGCUGGAGAAGGCUUUCGUGGUGACCCCCUACCCUGACAUCAACAUGAGGGAGGGACUGGCUGAGAUUACCAGGCUCCCCGAGUCCAAAAUCCAGGUGUGGUUUCAGAAUCGCCGGGCACGCUGUAUGAAGCAGGGGAAGAAACUGAGGAAGCGAAUGUCGUGGGGAACAGCCCAGAGCCCCUGCCGUUUGCCAGGAAACUUUACCUCUUCCCCCAUUCCCAGAGAGCCUGAUUUCAGAACUGUUCACUUCAACAUGCAAGAGGUGGACUACGGGAACCCGACUGGACCCAGGUUCAGCCACGAAGCCUCAAUGCAGCAACAACAUCAGCAACAUCAUCUCCAGAGCUGCCCAUCAGACCUCUCACCGGGAUUCCUGGACCAGUUCCUGUGGGAGAAUGGUUUGGCCGUCAGCUCCCAACACGAAGCACAAGGCCACAGUGGGUGCAACAGGCACGAUGGUGGGUUCGACCAGUUCAAUGGCGAUCUUGGCUUUAGGAGCAAAGGAGCCAGCUCGGGGAGCCAUAUCAGCAACUUCGGAAAGCUCUCUGUGUCUGAUCAAGUGGUGCCAAGCAGGCAGAGCUGCCUGGAGCAAGCACAAGGAGAGCAGGUAGAGGCUGGAGUGCACACUUCCCUGGGUUACAUUUCAGAUCUCAUCUACAACGCUGCGAUCGUCACCAACAUGUAACCAACACGGCAUCAUCUGAACACAACACCUAUCGGGACUCAG